UGCGUUUUCGAUGAACAUACCGAACCUGCCGAUACAAAUGGUGGCGGUGACGGAGGGCGGCGGGUCGGCGGCCAGCGCGUUCUUCGGCACGGACGUCGGGCACGCGCUGCUCACGGACGGGAACGCCACCGCCGACCGCCUCGCCGCGCACUUCGCCACCUACUCCUGCAGCGCAGACGCCAAAUCCGCGUUCUACACGUCGUUCUUCAAGGAGGUGUGGGAGCGCAAGGGCGAGAUCGAGCGCGCCUUCCGGCUGGAGCAGCCCGGCGCCGCGCACAACCUGCCCGACGUGGCCGCGGCGCGCGCGCCCGCUCGCUGCGACCCCGCGAGGGAGCACAAGUUAACGAACUCGUUGGAUCUGCUCAUCGGGCCCGACUCGAGAGCCGACAUCGAUUCUGAGUACAGCGACACCCUGAACAACUCCAAGAACAGAGGAUUCUUGAAAGGUUUCAGCGUGUACCCCCCUCCCAGCACGCCGCCGGAACCCGCGCCCCCGGACCACAGAAUGCACCCGGAUUUGUCUCCGGAUCUCAACUGUUCUGAAGAUUCACUGAGCACACACGAGUCAGAUGGCGGUGGGUUGUGGCAGCCGCCCGGCUACGGGCACCGCGCCUUCACCACGGGACGCACGCGCCCGCACCCGCCGCCCCCGCGCCCUCGACACUCACAGACACUCAAGCAACCCGGUAAAUUGGACAUGAACAACUACACGAUGGUCAGCGACGCUCUACAACACAUCACAAUAGGUCCGCCGGCUCACUCCCGAGACAGGAAGUCUCAACGUUCCGGCUGGUCACACUCGAGCGGUCAGCAGGGUCACCACCACCACCCCUCCGGAGUCAGCUCGGAAACUGAACUGGACGCUCAAUACGCGCAGAUUAAAGAAACGAACGAGUAUAUGGAGGCGCCAUCUAUGACGCGCUUGAGGAGACAUCGGAGACACGAGAAGACACCGCUGCACCAACCAUCGUUCUCGGAGACGGACAGUUCCGGCUCCAGUGACGCGUCAGGGGCCGGACGCGCGCCCGCCCGCCGCCGCCACGCCGCGCACCACGCGCCGCGACACUACAAGAAACGGUCCUUAGGUAACCUGGUGGCGGUCCAAAGCCCGCGAGUCCCGAAGCUCGGCAUGUUCGUAGGGCCGCCGGAGCUGCCCACCGGCUACAGAGGUAGAACGCAAGAGGACAAGGCCGCCAGCGAGUCUAGCGACGGCAGCUCGGACGCGGACACGCGGCGGGUGCGCCCGCUGCCGCCGCCCCCGCACCACGAGCCCACCCACAAGAUACUUGCCGGCGAGUACCCGGCGUCGAUACAGGAGAACUGUACGGCCAGCGCGCCGGACCCGCGCCGCAGACCUCACCCCUUCGGCAAACACGACAGGAGGCACAAGGAAUUCUCGAAGAGUAAGGACAAGAAGAACUCAUCACAAGCAGCUAAUGCAGCGUCAAUUCAGAAUUGGGGUCCGCAGGGCGGGCACGGCGUUCCGCUGUUCGUAGAAAAGUGCAUAGAGUUCAUAGAGCGCGAAGGGCUGGGCUCCGAGGGACUCUACCGCGUGCCUGGGAACAGGGCUCACGUCGAUAUGCUCUUCACCAAGUUCUACGAAG